AUAGAUAGAUAGAUAGAUAGAUAGAUAGAUAGAUAGAUAGAUAGAUGCGUGGAACUCCAACAUUAAAACAACACAAACAGAGGUCCGGUCCGACACAGCUUGCUUCUUUCCGCUCCGUCCUGCGCGUCAUUCGGUGUCUCCGUGUCUCGGGCAGCGGAAGCCCGAUGAAACCGACUCAGUGAAAAAGGAGCGCUUCUUCUCAGUUCUUCUGCCUUUCAGCAGCAGGGCGUCUGCUACAGCUGCCGCCUCCGUUAGCAGCGGAGACAUGAGGAGCCCACUUGCCGGCGGUGUUGCCGUGACAUUGUGGCUGUUAGUAGAGUGUGUUGAAGCCAAGAAGUUUUGCUGGUAUUUUGAGGAACGAUAUCCUGCAUAUUUUGUAUGUCGCUCCUAUGAGGACUGCUGUGGAACUCGCUGCUGUGUCAGAGCUUUGUCCAUUCAGAGAUUAUGGUAUUUCUGGGUCCUGCUCAUGAUGGGGGUGUUGUUCUGCUGCGGUGCUGGCUUCUUCAUCCGCAGAAGGAUGUAUCCUUCUCCUCUGAGAGAUGAGCCAACCUUCAAUGUGUCCUUCACCAGGCAACCUGUCACCUCUCCAGUUUCCCAGCAGCCAAGCAGCAUACAGAGCUUUGGGGUGAACAGGAUGGCUGGAGGUGACCCUGGGAUGACAUUGACCCAGGCUGCGUAUCGUUCACAGCCGGGCUCCACCCAGAUGAUGAUGUGGUCCUACCCGCCACCUCCAUCCUACUGUAACCACCCACCGCCACCUUAUGAAAAAAUCAUCCAGAAUGACAACAAGAAGUAGUGUCUUCAAAGAGCUAACCAGGUGGAACAUGAGAAGGGAAGAAGGGUGAUUGAGACAAAGUGCAGCUAAAGCUGAGGAGAACAAGGAACAGUCUGCUGUUUGCAGGUUCAUGCUAACUGACUUUGUGUGAAGACUAAAUGACACAGGUCUAUCGUUGAAAAUAAGCACAAAAAUAGACCCACACACUCUGGUUCUGUUCUAGAACAUUAACACACAGCCUGACUGGAACUCAUCUCACUGCGUCUGGGCAGAGAAAGUCAUGGACCGUUACUAUGGAUUAAAAUGUUGCAGAAACUGGUCGCUCUCCACCAAAAAACAUUAAAAAAAACCCUGGAAGGAUGGCACAGGUUUCCCAGCAUGCAACAUGAGCUUCUUUAUCAAUAAGUUAUUGAUGUAUUUUCUUUGUAUAUGAUGAUGACUUGAUGUGGUGACUAACAUUAAGUGUCACCUAAAGACAUCCUAGUGGUGACAAAAGUGCAGCUCCAGGUGUGGUUGAACUCAUUUUCACUCUUGAGCAUCAUUUUAAUGGAGUGGUUCUGUCUUCCUGUCAUAUUAUCCAUUUGAUUCUUUGUUCAAGGAAAUAAUACAAGAAACUUGUUGAUUUGCGCAGGGAUUAUUAGGAACUGUGAUCCAGUUCCUUGACCCAGUGCAGCUUGAUGCUUUCUUUCCUAGUUUUAUUAAACAAAAAACUAAAGCUUAAGCUGGAGUUCUCUUAUCAAGCCCCUUAGGUGAGGGGGGGUGUUUUAGCCACCGUGUGUCACAGGCUCACUGGAAGAGGGAGGGUGUGAAUUAUAAAUUAGGCCAGUUUGUGAGUUCAAUAAAACCUUUUGUCCCUUCCUACGUUCACUUGACUUUUUGGUCUUCAACACCCUCAACAGAACAGCUUGGCCCCUGCCAGGGAUCCUGACUUUUAUCCAUUUUCCUUAAGUGUUGUGAGUCAAGUUUAAAAAUGAAUUUAAAAAAGGGAAGAAAGAACUUUACACUUUACCUCAUGACAAUGUUUUAAAAAGAUAACUACAAGUGUCAAGAGGACAAGAAAUAGAGCUGCCAUUAAUAUUUACCAUCUGUGCAACAUGACCGAAUGGACCUAAGUUUAACAUUUCUGUCCGUCCGUCCAUCCAUCCAAUGGAAACAGAGACACUGUUUUCAAGCUUAUAGGAUGAACUAGAGAGCAUCCAGACUAGGAGAGAGUCGGCCUUAAACACUGGGAGACAGAACCAGCUGGGUCAUUUGCAGGACGCUAGACGGUUGACAGCACAAGCUCAACCAAGCCUCCUACGCCCCCUACCUUCCAGGAAGUUACUACAUCUGAAAUAAAUGUAAAAAGGAUAAAUACUUGCAGAUUCUGUUUCUAAUCUAUUUAAACAACUUUGAAAAGUGUGAAUAAGACACAGUAGAGCUGGUAUGUACAAGGAAAGGUAACCUUAUUUGGAAGCAGACUACAUGUAGCUAAACCAUAUUUUUUUUAUAUUUAAGCCUGAAUGAAUAAUUGUUGCAAUGUGUGAAUCAGAAAAAAUAUAAAAUAAGUUAAAAGUUGCCCAACAUGUUUUGUUUUUGUUAGAAUUAUGUGUUAAUGUUAGGAUUAUUAUGUUUUGUUAUCACUCUUACAUUAGUAGUUUUACAUUGCCAGUUUGUUUGUCAUUUAAAGGUUUUAAGUGUUCUCGUCCUCUGGAGAAAGAACUUGAUGAACUGUGUGUAAAGACAAAACUUGCUUUUCCCUUAA